CGCAGAGGCAACACGAAUCCACCGCCCGUGUGAGUAGGACUCCACUGAAACACCAGCUAAGAGCCGCUUCUCAAGAAGAUCCUGCCUGCUCAGAAGUCUUUAUUCUUUUUUUUUCAACUGAGGAUCUGGGUGUCCGCUCUCAUUUAUUUUCUCAUUUUAGUUCAACAGAAACCAGUGAACUGAAAAUGAGACUAAAUAUUGCCAUCUUCUUUGGGGCUCUCUUUGGCGCUCUGGGGGUUUUACUCUUUCUGGUGGCUUUUGGAUCAGAUUACUGGCUUCUCGCGACUGAAGUAGCAAAGUGUUCAGGUGAACAAAAUGUAGAAAACGUCACUUUCCACCAUGAAGGAUUCUUCUGGAGAUGUUGGUUUAAUGGGAUUGUGGAAGAAAAUGAUUCCAAUAUCUGGCAGUUCUGGUACACCAAUCAGCCCCUGUGGAAGAACUGCACCCACGCUUACCUGUCGCCAUACCCCUUCCUGAGAGGCGAGCACAACUCCACCUCCUACGACUCUGCAGUCAUUUACCGUGGCUUCUGGGCAGUCCUGAUGCUUCUGGGGGUGGUCGCCGUAGUGACUGCAAGCUUUCUGAUCAUCUGCGCAGCACCCUUCACCAGCCACCUUCUCUACAAAGCCGGGGGAGGCGCCUACAUCGCCGCAGGCGUCCUGUUUUCCCUGGUGGUGAUGCUGUACGUCAUCUGGGUCCAGGCGGUGGCUGACAUGGAAAGCUACAGACACAUGAAAAUGAGAGACUGCUUGGAUUUCAGCCCCUCUGUGCUGUACGGCUGGUCGUUUUUCCUGGCCCCGGCGGGGAUUGUUUUCUCCCUGCUAGCUGGAUUACUGUUUCUGAUUGUUGGACGGCACAUUCAGAUACAUCACUAGUCAGACUGCUGCCUCCAGUGUCUCCUUGAAUGAUUUUAAAACAGAGCUUUUUUUUUUUUUAAUUUUGUCUCCAUGAUCCUGGCAUAGAAUGAGUUGAUGUAGCUUGUUAGUUGCUAUUUGAAUUAGCCAUUGUGAUUUUCUCUCAUAAGAGGGUCCCAGGUGCUUCAGUCUUGUCUAAGUGCCCUCAGGAACCUAGUUUGCAAGUAACAUGGGCCUCAUCCCUUUCACCAUACUUGUUGGAGUUUGCAGGUAACAAAGGCCUGAAAGUGCAAAAUACCAUCACCAGGGGCAAAUCAUGAUUUGAUUUAAGCCUCCUUUGCAUUCACUUCUGCUGCUGUUAAGAAAAAUUCUUGGGAGAGUAGUUAUGAACAACAAACAAAUGUUGUCAGAGAAUUAACUCUGCUUCUUUUCUCUGUACGUAAAUACCCAUGUACACAGGUACCAGUUCCUGUGAGCAGAUUAUUCACCACUUAAAGAUAAAUCAAAGUUGCUCCCUUAGCAGGAGCCACACAAACUCAUCAGUUAGAAUCGGCCCCCAUAAAACCAACGUGUAUUUAUUCUGCUUUCUUAACCAAAAUUAAGUUUGGUUAUGUUAAGUUAUUCACUUAAUUGUGCAUGCUUAUAUAAAUCUUAGGCUAUAUUUAAAAGAAGCAAAUCUCUCUACCAAAUCACAGAUAAUGCAGAUUGGAUUUUUUAUGAACUGAAAGUGGCUUAAUUGUAUAUGGAAUAUGGUUGAAAGUAUGUAAAAACCAAGCGCCUGUGCUUUGUACAUAAUUCUAUUUGAUAUUUUAAAAUUUCCAGCUAAAAAUUAUAUUGCUAAUCUGUCCAGCAUGUGAAGAUUUACUGAUGAAAUGUGUUUUUAAUAUGCACUCACUAUAAACGCCCAAAAUGCUUCCAGAUGAGGGUGAUAAUAGUCUUGCUUUAUUAAAGACUAUGGAAUGUUAACUUUCCCCAAGAUCUUAUGGGUCGUGGCUCUUCCCAUCAUUUGAUGCCCUUCACUGUUGUCCCUCCCUGACUUCAGCUUUACAGCAAGUACAUUAGCAUUUACGGAUCUGCUAUUUGCUUUAACCUCUUGGAGGAAAACCUGGGGGGGGGGGGUGGGCAUGUAGGAAUGAUUAUAUUCACUAGAGUAGACAUUUUGCAUAUCAAAGAUGUUUGUUUGGCACUAUUUUUGAUGGAAACCGCAUCCAUCUGAGAAGCCUAGGUCUAAUUUGCAUUUUGGAAGCCCCCUGGCAGAGGACUCGCCUAGUGAAGGCACAGAGGCCCUGCGUGGUGUGCAGACUGACGUGUUCCAGACACAGCACUUUACUCCGCAGCUGCUGCGGACACCAAGGGCUUGAGUCAGAGGCAGGCAGAAGGGUGACCCCUUAGGAGACGAGCCUGGGGUGGAGCAGAGGCUCUGGUCCCCCGGUGCCUCACCCCAGUCCCUAGAUUGUCUCUUCUGUGCACACCUUGUACUUUCCGUUAAACCUGGUUUACUGGGAGGGUGCUCUGGGGGGAAAAAUGAAGGUCUGAGGUGUGUGCAGAUCACGGGGCAUUUUAGGGGUUACCUACCGACCGGAUUUUCCUGUUAAAAAAAUAAAAGAAAGAAAAGACUUCAGGGCCUUAAACUGGUUUCUCAGGCGGUUUCAGUUUUAUCAUACACGUUUUCCUGGUACUUUCCUUUGUGUUCUUCUGUUUCAUUUUUAUAUUGCUUCAUUUAUUUCUUUGCUUUUGGCCUGAUUAUUACAAAAAUAAUUAUGGGUUCUGUUAUGCAUGUUGACUGUGAUAUUAAGUUGUGGCAUGCUAUUAAGUUUUCCAGACGAUGCUGGAUGUAUUUGAUUAACUCAUGGCAUCUGUAAAAACAAUUCCUUUUGGUAGAACUUUGGAAUGGAGCCUUCUUCUAGUGUAUUAUACGUCAUUCGAAUUCCAUGUGCAAGCUGUUUUUUUUUUUUAGUAAAGGUUUGACUAUUUGUAGUUUUCAGAUGGUUAGUCUUACUUUCUAAUAUUUGUGUGACUACCAUAUAUUUAUCUUAGGGCAACUGCCUGAAUAUCUGAUCCACACUUUGGAAGUAAUGGUUGUAAUGCACUGAUCCCAUUAGUUCAAGCAUAUUGCCUGAUCUAUUUCAGCAACAAUCCGUGGAGGAAAGGUGAGUUGUAUUCACUAUGUCAACGAGUAAAAUACACUUAUAUAUUCUUGUAACAGUCUUAUAUCUGCUUUGGGAUAGUAUGCUUCGUUUAAUUUUCUAUCUAGUGUAUCGAUUUAUUUCCAAAUCUUUCAAAGUUUUGAAAAUCUUUUUUAAGAGGAUUGACUUUGCGUCUUGAAGUUGCAGUUCAGUGAAUAAGGUAGCUUCUUGGCGACGCUUGCAGAAAGAGUGAGGUAAGAGGACAGUGGGGUGUGACCUUGGACUCUGGUGGAGACUGUGUUCUCUCCUUCUCCUCCUUGCCCGAGCAGUUUAGUUCAGUCCUGCGACAGGAAACACAGGAAACUGCUGGACAAACCCUGCAAAGGUGCUGAAUGAAGGUGUUUAAUUUGGGGUUGAAGGUAUGCUGUUAGCUAAUACUGUUACGUGUACUGUUCCUGGACACUGACUGCUUUUAUGACUAAUCUAUGAAAUGUAUUUACUGAAUUUGAAGAUUAAAUCCACUUAUAAGAGUAUAUUUA